AUGGGAAAGUUAAGGUUUUUACGAUCGGGAGUCGCCCUAUCAGAUCCUGGGCUGUACGCCUGUAUUCCUGAAAGAGGCGGUUGGCCCGCCCGCUGGCAAGAUCGCGAGGACGUGUUAAGUAGGCAUCAACGGAAGUAUAAAAUUGGUCCAUGCGUCGGGUCGGGCCAACGUCACAGGAAGGUCCGCGCGUCGGGGUGGCGUAUGCGCGCGAUGCGCCGGCAGAAGUGGAAGCGAGCGCGCGACGCAGGCGCACGCGUGCUGCCGGUGGAGGGCGCGGGCGCCUCGGCCGCAGCCGGGGAGCCGUCCGCCAGCGAGCUGCACGAGGCCGACUCGGCGAGCGAGCGCGUCGAGGGCCGGGAGCGGGAAGCGCUCGUCUCGCCCGCCUCACACUACCUGUAA